AUGUCAUCUCGUUACCGCAGAGACGCCAGAACCACCAGCAGUCCCAGCUCAUCCGCAUCUCACCAAACAAGAACUAUGGCUCAACCGCUCCAGCAUAUUCCCCUAUCAUCAACCAACAGCUUCACUCGAGGACCAGUUUCUCUCCGUCUCUUAAAUAGUACAGCUCACCACAUUCUCAUCUCGCUAACUAUCACCCCACAAUCCACCGGUCUCCCUAUCAUAUCCAAUACCAUCAUCGCAGCAACCUUCCACGUCCUCCGUGGUGGCGUCCGAUUCAGCACUUGCGCCGAGAACUCGACCACCGCUCCUAUUGAAGAGAUGGACGUCAGUAGCGGCUCUACAAUUUCCGCACCUCCAACUUCUUUUUACGGAAUUUUCAACCCGUUUGAAGAGGAAGCAGAGGUUUUGUGCGUAUAUAGCCCUGGAGGCUGGGCCCAUUGUCUUGAGGAAUGGGCCAGGUUUGUGGGGGACUGGGAGGCUGAAGAGGCAAAGGUUAUCAUGAGAAAGUGUGGAACGGUGUUUUUAGGCGAUGAACCUAAAGACGAUGGUGGCGAUGGGGACGAUGAUGAGUUGGAUUUCAAUCCGCAAUUGAGGUGUAUGGCUUAA